AACAAGAUUUUUGACAAGUUUGCAAGCGCAACAGCGCCUCUCAUGGCAGGCUCGAAUAACUCCAUCAGCUGCACUGCGUAAACCAAUGAUUUACAGACAUCGGGUGAUCAGAUGGUUCAUUUGUAAACAACACCAAAACUUUUCCCAUGCAUGCAUGUACUUAGGUUCAACUACGUCGUUGAUGUGCACGUACCUGCAGAAGACGGGUAGACGAAAAGAAUGGCAGACUUAAAAACGCAUGUCAAUUUUGCCUGCCAACGAUGUCUGCAGCCAUUGAGACUAGAUCCUAGUUUUUAUCAGUUGGGAGAACAUACUCUCGCAGAACUUUCGUUACCUAUUCAGAGUCAAACCUCAGGAGAAAUAGAAACCCAAAGCGUUAGCCUAGAGCUGUCAGUACCUCCAUUCUCUCUCACAGAUUCAGCAAAUGGAACAAAUGGCUUUAUGUUGGUUGGAGAUUCAGGAGAAAGAGAAAGUUUGAGCCAUCAUUUAAGAGUGCGGGCAACUCUUUUUGACGUUUUGAGUGGCAGCAGUUCAGCAGACCAUCCACUUUGCAGUGAAUGCACUGAUAGCCUUUUAAUUUUAAUCGAUCAGCAAUUGAAAUUAACAGAAAGUGAAUGGUCAGAUUAUAAUAAAUAUCUAAAAAAAUUAGAAGAUGAACAACAACAACAAGGUAAUGAAAAUGCAGAAAUGGAAGCUCUUGAAAAAGAGCUUCAAGAUGUUAAAGCAGAAGAAGAGAGAAUGAUUCUUGAAUUAAAAGCCCUAAGAAAAGAGGAAGAAGCAACAAAAUCAGCAAUCACAGAGCAAGAAAAGGAAAAAGAAAGGUUACAAAGUGAAGAAGAACGUUACUGGAGAGAGUACAGUAGACACAGAAGAGAUUUAAUUUUUGCUGAAGAUGAAUGUCGCAGUUUAGAAUGUCAGUUAGCUUAUGCAGCCUCUCAGUUGGAAAGAUUAAAAAAAACAAAUGUAUUUAAUGCAACCUUUCACAUAUGGCAUUCUGGUCACUUUGGCACAAUCAAUUCAUUUCGACUGGGUAGACUCCCCAGUGCACCAGUUGAUUGGAGUGAAAUAAAUGCAGCAUGGGGACAAACUACACUACUAUUAACUGCCCUUGCAAGAAAAAUGAAUCUAACUUUUGAACGAUAUAAAUUAGUGCCAUUUGGAAAUCAUAGUUACAUUGAAGCAUUGGAUCAACACAGAGAACUUCCAUUGUAUGGCAGUGGAGGUUUUAAAUUUCUAUGGGAUACAAAAUUUGAUGCAGCAAUGGUAGCUUUUCUAGAUUGCUUACAACAAUUUACAGAAAAAGUUGAACGAGGAGAUAGUGGAUUUCGUCUUCCUUAUAGGAUGGAUAAAGGAAAAAUAGAUGAUACAGCGACUGGUAGCUCAUAUUCAAUAAAAAUCCAGUUUAAUUCUGAAGAGCAGUGGACAAAAGCUCUAAAAUUUUUGCUUACAAACUUGAAGUGGGGACUGGCAUGGGUCAGUUCUCAAUUCACAAAAGAUGAAGCAGAGCUAUAAAAAAUCGAUCUCAAUCUUAUGU